CCGAUGUUUGAACUGGCAGCCUGAGACAUGUCCAAGAAACUUCUGAAGACUCUGCGGGACAGGCUACAUGAGAGAGCCCUUCUAAACGGCGUCCACAGCCCCUUUCUCUGAGCUGGGGCCAGGUGAGGGGCUUCAGCUCUGCUGAGGACUGCCCUGGCCCGAUUCUCUUCCCUCCCUAACUUCAAAGAGGUGGAAAGAGCCAUAGGCCUGGGGGCCUGGGCUCAGGCGUCUCCUGGGAAGGGAAGUGGCACUUUCAUGCUGAGUGAAAACUGAGAGGAGGCGGCUGUGACUGGAAGCACUUGCCUCAUCCCAUCCCGGGGCAGGAGCUCACGGAGAGAAAGAGGUGACACCGGAAGAAGAAAGGCAGGAGGAAGAGGAUGAGGGCAGCCGGACAGUAAUGGCUGCCUCGCCCUCAGCAGAUACGAAGGCGGCUUCUUGGUGGAAUUAUUUUUUCCUCUACGAUGGCUCAAAGGUGAAGGAAGAAGGAGACCCGACGCGAGCGGGGAUCUGCUACUUCUACCCUGCGCAGACCCAGCUUGACCAGCAGGAACUCCUCUGCGGCCAGAUCGCAGGUGUCGUGCACUGCAUCGCCGCCCUGGCCGGCUCUCCCCCUGCUGUUAUCCGGCUGCGGAAGCUGAAGUUUGCUGUGAGGGUCGAUGGCGAUUACCUCUGGGUGCUGGGCUGUGCAGUGGAGCUCCCAGAUGUCAGCUGCCGACAGCUUCUGGAUCAGCUCAUUGGCGUCUUUCGCUUUUACUGCGGCCCUGUUCCUCUGGCUUACCAGAGCUGUCCCCAGGGAGAGCUGAGCGCGCAGUGGGACUCCUUCAUCGCGAGAGUCCUGGCGAACACCAGCGAUCUGCACAAGCUUGUCAGCGCUCUCUGGACCGUGGACAGGACGAAGGUGGAGCCCCUGCUGUUGCUGAAAGCUGCUCUCAUCCUGCAGACCUGCCAGCGCUCUCCACACGUCCUUGCAGGCUGCAUCCUCUACAAGGGCCUGGUUGUGAGCACCCAGCUCCCGCCGUCCCUCACGGCCAAGAUCCUGCUGCAGCCGGUGGUGCCCCGAGACCAGGGGUCCCCUCCGGCUGUGGCUGCCCUGCAGGGGAGUGGGGCUGCACUCCCCCCGAAUGUGCAGGUGGUGCCCGUGUUUGUGACACCAGAGGAAGCCCGCCGUCUCCGUGAGUUCCCCAUGGCACAGACGACCAGCUCUCCCAUCUUGCCAGCCAGACUCCAGAGCAGCCGGGCGCCACAUCUUCUGAGAGCCUGCAGUACGUCGGCACUGAAUGAAGUCACCACUGGGCAUGUGGGUUCCUUGCGACUGGCAGGGGCCGUGGGGCAUGAGAGGCGGCACAGCACUGCCCGUCCCCCACGCCCUGGCCGCUCCCCAGCCAAGGAUGCAGGCCUUUCCCGAGAGCAGCUCGACCUAUCUGCGCUCCACAUUCCAGAAACACCCUCAGGUCCUGUUGCCCCCACGCACCCGUCAGCCCUGGACCAGGAAUCCGUCGGCCACCUGAGAGACCCCGAGCCUCCUGGGAACUUACCCACUGACCUAGCCCCAGUGGCCCCCGCCCUGCCUCCCCUCCUGGUGCCCACCCAGAAUGGAGCCCUGGGGCAGCAGGAAGACCAUCUUGGUGACAGCCACGCACUCACCCCUGGAAAUGACCCUCUGUCCCCUGGAAGGACCUGCAGCCCACCACAGUCUCCACUCAGCUCCGUCUCUGAACAGACAGGAAUGGAGACCUCUGGGCAUCCGCAAGGCUUGGGCCUGUGUGCAGAUGGGGUCCAUGCAGUACACAGAACGGAUGUGCUAGAGGCGGGGCUGAGCCAGGGACUCCUGAGGCUAAACCUGUACACACACAGUGUCCAGGGCUUGGUGCUGGCCCUGCUGGCCGAGGAGCCACUGCUGGGGGACCGCCCAGCCAUCGAGGAGGUGUACCACAGCAGCCUGGCUUCCCUAAAUGGGCUGGAGGUCCACCUGCAUGAGACGCUUCCCAAGGACGCAACUGCAGGGGGUGGCCCGUACAACUUCACACACUUCGACAGCGUGCAGAAGGUGCUGACAGCAAACCUGCCUCCGGUGGCUACAGCCCAGGACCGCCGCUUCCUCCAGGCCGUGGGCCUGAUUCAUUCCGACUUUGCAGGGCGGCCCGCUCUGUACGAGGUGACCGUCAGGGUUUUUGCCGCACAGCAAGAUUGCUGGGUCAUAUAAGCCAUGGUAUUCUCAAACUACUCCUG